UUGGGUCACGUGAGCGUGCUUCGCUUUUCUUCGCUGCGAGGCGCCCGGCCGCUGGCUGGUUUCCGGUGCGGUGGGUCAGAGAUGACGGAACCCGGCGCCUCUCCGGAGGACCCCUGGGUCAAGGUGGAGUAUGCCUACAGCGACAACAGCCUGGACCCCGGGCUUUUUGUAGAAAGCACUCGAAAGGGGAGUGUAGUAUCCAGAGCUAAUAGCAUCGGUUCCACCAGUGCCUCUUCUGUCCCCAACACAGAUGAUGAGGACAGUGAUCACCACCAGGAGUCCUACAAGGAAUCCUACAAGGACCGGCGGCGGCGUGCACACACUCAGGCGGAACAGAAGAGGAGGGAUGCUAUCAAGAGAGGCUAUGACGACCUUCAGACCAUCGUCCCCACCUGCCAGCAGCAGGACUUCUCCAUUGGCUCCCAAAAGCUCAGCAAAGCCAUCGUUCUACAGAAGACUAUUGACUACAUCCAGUUUUUGCACAAGGAGAAGAAAAAGCAGGAGGAGGAAGUGUCCACCCUACGCAAGGACGUCAUGGCCCUAAAGAUCAUGAAAGUGAACUAUGAGCAGAUUGUGAAAGCACACCAAGACAACCCCCAUGAAGGGGAGGACCAGGUCUCUGACCAGGUCAAGUUCAACCUGUUUCAAGGCAUCAUGGACUCCCUGUUCCAGUCCUUCAAUGCCUCCAUUUCCAUGGCCAGUUUUCAGGAGCUGUCAGCCUGUGUCUUCAGCUGGAUUGAGGAGCACUGUAAGCCUCAGACCCUACAGGAGAUCGUGAUUGGUGUCCUGCACCAGCUGAAGAACCAGCUUUACUGACCAGCCAAAUAUAGCCAAUAAGAGGCCUUGAAUCUCCUACUUGGCCACAACCACUGGGCUUAUGAGAUUGGACUGCGACACAUGUACCAGUCAGCUGGUUUCUCCAUGUUUGGUCCCCUAGCUCCCCUCAUCCUCAGUGGCUGGGGUGUUUGUGAAAGCUUCUGAUUAAUUUAUUAUAUUGACCAUAGAGCUCAAACCUACCCAGUAUUCCCCCCAUAGAAGUCCUCAAAUGAAGAUCUGCUCUGGGCACCACCACCCCCCUUUCCUAAGCCUCAUAUUUCAGAUUUUGGCACAUGAUCUACAAAUAUUUAGAAAUUACUGUUAGCCUGUUUUGAUGUCUCUGGUGAAAACUGGCCCAAGUUUGGCCAUUUCGGCAGUAGUUAGGAAAAAAGCAUUACGAGAACAUACUUUAACAACUACGAAGGGUGAAAGGCCACUCAUGCCUAGGCUAGAGCUGCCUGCUCAGCCCAGGUAUAGCCACGGCUUUCUGGCCAGCUCAGGAUAGGGCUGCUAGGUUCCUGCUCAUGCUGUUUACUCCAUCACCUCUUUCUCCUCUGCUCUGGACAGCAGAGAGAAGCAACCUUCCCUCCUACUUCUGCCCUCUCUGUCCCCACAGGCAUUGGCACUGCACAGUGAAGUCAAAUGUGACACAGCACCACAUAUUAAACAUUUUUAUUUUUUUAAAUACCAACAAAGCAAUUUUGCUCAAGUUACAAUUUGAGAAAA